AUGGGAUCCAAAACAAACUCGUCGUCAGAUUCUGGACUGUCACUAUUAUUACCAAAUCCAAAGUACAGUUCCUCCAAUUUUUCUCGAGCUUUCAAUCCUCCUUCCGAAUCGAAACCAUCUUCCUCUUCUUCGAUGGGUUUUAAUUCUGUGUCAGCUAGCAAAAAAUUCUUAAAAUCUCCCCCUAGUCUUCUGAAAUGCAGGCUUCUAGAGAAUCCAGCAUCCUUCAGUUUUCCCAUAAGCUUCUUGGAGUUCAAAAUUUUGUGCUCACUCACAAAUGAUGACGGCUUACUGGAUAUAGUCUUCAAUCUUUUGGAUUCGAUUCUGGUUCCCAAACAUCCCACUGUUGUUGAUAUUUCAUCCAUUGUGGGACUUCCGUUGAAGGAUGAACUUUCGAAACCUUUUAAGCUUAAAUUAUCGGAAAUCGAUAAGCUAUCAGCCAAUUUGUCAAUACAAGGAUUCACACUCGUGGCUAUUGAUAGAUAA